AUGGAUGCAUCAAAAAAGAUGAAUGAAUUAAGUAUAAAAGAGAGUCAGGAGGGUGCAGAUAUAGAAGAUCCAACUGAUGACUCUGAAUACAAUGGAGAGGAAUAUGAAGAAGGUGGUGAGGAAGAUGAUUACGAUGAGGAGGAAGACGAUGUCUCUACCUUUUCAAAAGAGACAAUCGAUGCUGCUAUCGCAACAAAGGUUUCAAUUGAACAAUACUAUACAUCUUUAUUUAAAUCUCUAAAAGAAAGAGAAGAAAGACGUCUACAUCUUGAGACAAGAAUGGAAGAGUUAAGUCUAAAGGAGGAACAGAGAGCAGUAAAGAGAAGAGAACUCGAUAAGAAGGAAACUGAAUAUAUAAAAUCACGUAGAAUCAGAUUGACAGGACAUUCAUUCGAAUCGAUAAGAAUCAUUGGACGUGGUGCAUUUGGUGAGGUUCGUCUUGUAAAAAUGAAAAAGAACAACAAGGUUUUCGCAAUGAAGAAAUUGGAUAAAUCAAAGAUGAUCGAAAAACACCAAACUGUUCAUGUAAGAAGUGAAAGAGAUAUUCUUGCAGAUAAUAACAAUGUCAAUGGAAAUAAUCCAUGGAUCGUCAGUUUAUAUUAUUCAUUUCAAGAUACCAAUUAUUUGUAUUUAAUUAUGGAAUAUGUUCCGGGUGGAGAUAUGAUGACACAACUUAUAAAAUAUGAUACUUUUACAGAGGAUGCCACACGUUUCUAUAUUGCAGAGACGGUGCUUGCGCUUCAUUCUAUACACAAAAUGAGUUAUAUUCACAGGGACAUCAAGCCAGACAAUCUUUUAAUCGACUCCAAGGGUCAUAUCAAGGUCAGCGAUUUCGGUCUGUGUACGGGAUUGCAGACAAACAGAGUGCCAACACUGGCAGAGAUUUAUAAAAAGUACGAGAGCGACAGUUUGACGGAGGAGGACAAAACUAGUCUGGGAAGAGCCGCCCGUUUCGACUCUUGGAAGAGACAGCGUCGUGUGCUUGCCUACUCCAACGUCGGAACACCCGACUACACCGCACCCGAAGUUCUGAUGCAGAACGGCUACAGCGCCGAGUGCGAUUGGUGGUCAGUCGGUGUUAUCAUGUUUGAGAUGCUCGUCGGAUACCCGCCGUUCUGCUCGGAGACACAGCGUGAGACCUACCACAAGAUCAUGAACUGGAAGUACACCCUGCCCAAGAUCAUGGAGGAGGCAAAAGCAGAGGUUUCUCUCAGUCCCGAAGCACAGGACCUCAUUGAGCGUUUACUCACCGACUCGUACCGUCGUAUCGGUGCGAACGGCGCCGAGGAGAUCCAAGCGCACCCCUUCUUCAAGGGCGUCAACUGGAAGUCGCUCAGAGAAUCCACUCCACCCAUUGUACCACAACUGACAUCGCCACUCGACACAUCCAACUUUGAUCACUACGACGAGGAGCCAUCGGCCACCCAUCCCGAGCCGAUGCCAGUCUCAAAGUCAAGGAGAAAAAUCAAUUCAUUCGACAUUCCUUUCAUCGGUUAUACAUAUAGAAAUUUUGAAGCAAUGCGUGAUCAAUUUGGUACUGUUACAAGAGAUACUCUAAAUCAAUACUGA